AUGACGAGCGACGGGCCCAGCGGGCCUUCCGUGGCGCGGCUGCCGAAUGGCGACGCAGGGCGCGUGGUCGUCUUCCUCCCUCUCCUCUUCCUUCUCCUCCUCCUCCUCCUCCUCCUCGUCCUCCUCCUCCUCCUCCACCUCCUCCGUGUGCUCGGCUGGCGGAGCAGGUCCGUGUGCUUGGGCUCCGUAACGCAGAUGUGGAGGUCUUGUCUGCAGUGGUCAACCGUGCCCUCGUGCCUGCCUUGCAGACCGUUGUGUUGUCCCUGUGAGCCAGCGAGGUUUUGUGCCACGUCGGAACUCUGGGUUGAAUAUUCUCGAGCUCGAUUGCCGUGCCCGCCAGCUGUCGCUGUCCCUGCCGGGGCGCAUCCCGAUCCUGUUCUUGUUUGA